UGUGCGCUGCGCGAGUUGGGACCCUAAACAAAAGGCUGCCAUCAUCCUAAAGGAGAUAUUCUGCUGCGAGAGAGCCCGUCUGCUUGAUGCUAACUAAACAUGAGCUCCUAUUUUGUUAACCCUCUUUUUUCUAAAUACAAAGGCAGCGAGUCACUGGAGCCAACUUACUACGACUGCAGGUUUCCACAAAGCGUUGCCCGCAGCCACACGCUAGUUUACGGACCCGGAGCGACCGCACCGGGCUUUCAGCACCCAUCCCAUCAUGUGCAGGACUUUUUUCACCACGGGACCACGGGGAUCUCCAACCCCGGAUACCAGCAAAACCCCUGCGCUUUGGCUUGCCACGGAGACGCAACGAAAUUUUAUGGAUAUGAAGCCCUUCCAAGGCAAACGCUUUAUGGUACCCAACAAGACGCAAGCCUAGCGCAAUACCCAGACUGUAAAUCGUCGAGCAGCUCUAACCCCGGAGAAGGACAAGGCCACUUAAAUCAAAACUCCUCUCCCAGUCUUAUGUUUCCUUGGAUGAGACCCCACGCCCCAGGAAGACGGAAUGGGAGGCAAACCUACAGUCGCUACCAAACUCUUGAACUGGAGAAGGAGUUUCUGUUCAACCCUUACCUGACCCGUAAGAGAAGGAUCGAGGUGUCUCACGCCCUGAGCCUCACCGAGCGACAGGUGAAAAUUUGGUUUCAGAACAGAAGGAUGAAGUGGAAAAAAGAGAACAACAAAGACAAGUUUCCGGGUCAAAGAGGAGAGGCCGAAGCCGAGGCCGAAGAAGAGGGGAACGAGGACGGUGAAGGGGAAGAGGCAGAAGAGAAAGAAGCGGAAGAGAAAGAAGAGACCAAGGAGUGAUUUUAUGGUCCUUUUAUGGUUAUAUGGGUGAAAAAGAGGAAAAAAGGAGAGGUCCCAUAAACAGACGAAGAGUCACAAGGAGGCAGAGAGCGUCAACUUUAUGACCACCCUUCUAUUUUGUCAAGAGGGAUCAGGAAUCCCACCAAUAUUGCUGUCAUAAAUAGACAAAAUUCUCCAUUCUUUCGUUUAUCCUAACAUGAUGCGCAUUACCAUUUGGAUUUUUCUGUAGAAGCUACAAACGCUUGUAGCGUUUUUUUUCUCCAUAGAACUCUGGCCAUUGUUUUAAAAAAAUAAGGGAGGGUAAAUUAAAACGCAUGUUGGAUGGAAAAUGGCUUAGCUAUUUUUUACAAAUUUGCUUUUAAUAAUAAUUGUAUCAAAAACGUAGCCAAAUAAGAUCAAAACAUGACCAACGCCGACCUGUGUUGUAAAUAGAUUAUAGCCUACAUAAAAAAAAGACAUCACUUCAAAGUAGCCUUUCUGAAAUUGUAAAAAAAAUGUAGGCCUAUAACUUAGUAGUAAGUGUUAAAACAUCAUCGCAACAGUUGCAUUGGCUAGCAGCCUCUGUAUAAACCACAAGUUUUAUUAUUAUAAUUGUUACUGUUACUGUUUUACUCGUUUUCAUGUGACAGCCAUUAGCUCCUCAGACAUCUUUCUCUAGGAUUACCAGGGAAAUGCAAUCGUUUGGAAUCCUUUGAUGCUACCUAAACCUGGGGAAAUUGCAAUAGAGAUUUCUGAAUAUAGAGAUUUCAUAUGGUUUUAAUUUUAAAGUGUUCUAUAUCGACCUUAUAUUAUUAAGUUAUGUAUGUAGCAUUUACCCAACAAACAGUAUACACUUGUUGAAGACAAUUUGCGAGUCUUGGGAAGACACUUAGCUCAAAGCCAAGUAAACACUUUUGAGAUUGUACCACAGCACUACCUAAAAACUCAGAGCUUUGCCUUUGCAGAAUUUAUAUUCCACAUUUAUGGCAUCGCUCUGAUUUGAUCGCAAGCUAUUUCCCCAACAACUAAAACUGCCUAUAACGCACAUGUACUGUGUAUGAUAACAACAGCUACAAUUACAACGAUUUUAAAGUAAGGGAAUUUUUAUUUUAAUGUGCUGGUGACAUAGCGUAGUUGUUUUGCACUGAAUAUAAUCUUUAUGUACGUCUUGUUAUAUAUUGAUGUUAACAAUAUGCUCGUUUUCUGGUGUUUCUCCUGUGAAAGACGGAAUUGUGUGUCCCCGCCAUUGUUGAUGUAAAAUCACGAAUAAACAAGAUGGCUCACUA